AUGGAACAACCUUCAGGCAUGACUGAUCUACAGUUUCCUAAUCAUGUUUGCAAACUUCAACGAGCCCUUUAUGGUCUCAAACAAGCACCUUGUGCCUGUCUUGCUGAUCCAUCUCUGUUUAUUCUUCAUUGUUCCUCUGGCUCGCUAAUCCUUCUAUUAUAUGUUGAUAACAUGCUUUUCACAGGUUCAAAUUCACAACUUCUUUCUACUUUUAUUCAGCUAUUGCAUACAGAGUUUGCUAUGAAAGUUCUUGGUCCCAUUCAUCAUUUCCUUGGAAUCGAAGUGACUUCUACAUCUCAUGGCUUGCAUUUGUCUCAAUCUCACUUUGUACUCACCAUCCUAGAACGAGCUGAAAUGGUUGAUUGUAAACCUAUGAGUACGCCACUUGAAGCCAAAACCAAAGGACUUCACAAUCAGACUCCUCUUUAUGAACCUACUUCAUAUUGUGCUAUUAUUGGAGCCCUUCAGUAUCUCACUUUGACUUGCCCUGACCUUGCUUAUAGUGUGAACUAUGUGUCUCAAUUUAUACAUGCUCCCACUCAGUCUCAUCUAAAAAUGGCUAAACGCAUCCUGCGCUAUGUUAAAGGCACCCUCACUCUUGGUCUGGAUCUUACCUCCAACACUACACUUGAUCUUUGUGCCUUUUCAGAUUCAGACUGGGCAGGCUGCCCCAUCACCUGUCGUUCCAUUACUGGCUACUACACCUUCCUUGGCCGUGAUCCCAUCUCCUAG